UCUAUCCUGCUUUACCCUUGGAGACGUUAAUUUGGCCUGUGGCGUUGUUACCGAAUACAUAUACCCAGGAGUAUGCGAGCACAGGGGGCGAUAGCCUGCGAGGAUACGACGAGCUAAGACGAUCGAAUCGAAAGUCCCGGACGAAGCAGACUUGCUGAAAAUCCUGGCUACAACUACAGCUACAGCGGUAGCAGCAACGACAGCGACGGUGGCGGCAAUAGCAACGACAACGGCGAUUCCAGCAAUAGCAGCAGUAGCGACAGUAACAGCGAUUGGCAACGACAUCAACAAUUCCAGCACUAGCAGCACUAGGAGCCAAACUAAGAAGAAAAAGAAGAGGAAAAGGGGAACGAGCAGAAUAUGCGGUCGCGGGGCGGCUAUCUUAUGCUACGAAGACUCGGGAUCGGGCGAUGGAUGUCGUUUAUGUACGAUGGCAUGCAGGGGAGCCCCAAGAGGUAGCAGAGGCGGUGGCAAUGAGUGCAACUAUACCGGAGGUCGCAGCGGCAUCAGGGAUCGAAGCUAUAUCCGAUAUUGCAGCUGCAUCAGGCAUUGCAGCUACCAAGCGAACGUGGAAGGUUACGGUACAGGCAAACGACCGCCCCUCGUUUGUUGCCACCAUCACAGACCCGUUCCUUGAAGCAGAGUAUAAAGAUGUGUUUGAAGACUAUCUUCGGAAUUCGGACCGGCAGCAUUGGAGUUUGCAGAGCUUAGAGCUUGAAGAUGGCACAGACGACAUAUCACGCGCGGAAGAUAGAAUACAGGCGUACGGGGAGAUGCUGCUUGGUGAAAUAGGCCUGUUUAGACCCGGGCUGCUUCGUGCGGAAAUCAAAGAGGUCCAGCUUGUCAUUGCUGAACAUCAUGAUCACGCUUCAUCCGAAGAGGGGGUGCGUGGAGGCAUCCACUGCCUCGCAUGGGAACUUCUCGAGUCUGUCAAUCAUCCGCUGCGGCCGGACUUGCAUCUGAAGGUGACCAGAGUGAGCGACUUUGACUUUGCUGGUCAACCACAUCGGCCUCUGGGGCCGCCGCGAUCGCUAUCGAGCGUACAAGGCAGUGUGAACGGGGUCUUUCACGUGCUUCUGGUGAUUGCUCGAGACUUUAGUCGCAGGGGUGCAGCUCGUGACCCAGAGCCUGAUCUUGCGCAGUGGCCGCUGAUGAGCGUGCAGAAAAAGUUAAAGAGCCGGAUGCUGCUGGAAGUGGUGCGGCCGGGCAGCAUUGAAGAACUGGAUGAGCAUCUGAAGGUGAGGGCAGGGCACGGGAUGGUGUUUAAUUUAGUGCACUUUGACCUUCACGGAAGGAUCAUGCGUGAUGAGUAUGGCAAUCAAGUGCCCGGGCUUCUCUUUGCCAAAGGCUAUCAGGCAUCCAGCCCUCACAGGCAUGCAGUGCCGCCAACGCAUCUCGCUAGGGCAACAGAUGUUGCCAAAGUGCUGGCGGAAUGUCGUGUCGAGAACGUGGUCCUCAACGCGUGCCUCUCGGCCUACAACCGAACGGGGCCGACAACGAAUCUGGCACACAUCUUCCUCGAACAUGGCAUUCUCAACGUGUCAGCCAUGUGGUUCUAUGUGCACUGGAAAACGGUGACGACCUAUCUCGGGGCGUUCUAUAACGAGCUUCUCAUCAAGGGCACUGACUUCCACCUGGCCGCGCAGCGAGGCCGAGACGCCAUCCGGAAGAACCCCACAUGCAGGACGGGAAAAGCGUAUGAGGAUUCCUUCCUGUGUGUCAAUUACACCAGAAAGUUUAGCAGGCUUGGUGCAGUUCAACGAGAGUCAAGCCCGACGCCGUCCACGCACUCUGCAGAUUCGUCGACGUCCACUACAUCGAUGAAGAGCUUCAUGAGCGGAAAGUGGCGAGGCUCGCCCCGACUCAGCGACAGUUUUCUCGUUGCAGAUGAGCCCAUCAUGCGAUUGGAGCUCCAUUUACUGGAGCUGGAGUACAAGCUCAUGACGUCUCGGGUUGUGUACGCGAGCGACUUGCGCAAGGCCUCAGACUCGGACCUAAAUGUGACCAUUGAGAGGAUGGUGAGCAUGUGGCUGAACACAAACCUGAUUGACGAAGUCUUCUAUUACAAGGCCAAAGACUUUGCCAAGCCCAGGUUUCUCGCGGGCACGGUUUCGCACCGAGAGAAGCGCACACGGGCAUUUAAUGGAGGUUACUUGCAGCUGCUCUUCCCGCGGCCGGUACGGGCUCUCCGGCAGACGCUGCACAUCAUCCGGGAUGUGGACCCGGUGGUGGAUCCCGGCACGCAGGCCGAUCCGCUGGAGAACCAGCGGAACGAAGACCGGCGCGUCCUGGUGGAAAGGGGGUUGCAGAGGUUCGCGGAGCGGCUGCAUGAAGAGGGACACAGCUAUAUGCUGUUCAUUGGCAGUCGGGAUGCGCAGUGGUGGCGCGAGCACUUACAGCACCUGAGCGGCGAGUGGUGGUUGAACAUGGCAUGGAAAUAUACGGUGCAUAGCCGAUAUGUGAGGGAUGUGACACUGCUGGCGGGAAAUCGAAGGGAGGUCCCGCGGACUCUGCAGUGAUAUUUCUGACUCAGCGGAAAAGGCGAGCUAUCGGUCAGCCGAGGUAGGCUUUUGAUCGAGGUUGUGUGGUUGAUUCGGGAGGCCCGGCGAGAGCGGGCUUGGCUGACCACCAUCCAACUAGGAGAGGCACCAAACCGAAUAGUCCGGGAAGGUAAGGUGGCAUGAUUGUUGUUUUCUUCCAGAGAUGAUUUGUUGGGAGUGUGUAAUUAUUUCUUCAUAUCUUGUACAUGGAGCGUUGCAUAGGGCAUGGACAAAGGAGUCAAAAUCUCAAGGGUUCAUAAUUAGAGCAUGGCAUGGAGUAUAAAGUCAGGUGUUAUUUAGUUUUACAUGGACUUGAAUAUAAUGUUUAGCAUUGUAAA